UGCAGAAUGCAGAAGUGAGAAGGUGAUGUGGCUGCAAGCGAUACUGCUCUCAGUUCGAGCAAUGAGGAAGUCUCACCACACGCACACAGGUAGCAAGAACUGGCAGCCACAGUGUGAAAUUGUAAUCUGAAGGUUAACAUGUCUGUGGAUGGGACCGAGCUGCUUUUUGAGAGCUUUCUACAAAAAAGAAAAGACACGGUGAAAAUGAGAUGGGUCACAUACUGGUUCAGGCUUCAAAACACAACCUUGUUCUUCUACACUAAGAAGAAUGGAAGUGCUUCGAGCUUGAGAGGAUUUUACUACAUAUACACAGUGCAGUCAGUGCGAGAGGUCCAGAAAGCUGACAGGAAGCGCUUUAUUUUUGAAAUAACCAUGACCAAUGGAAAGAAAAAAGUAUUGGCAGCAGAGACGGAGGACCUCAGGAAGGAGUGGGUGGGAUAUCUCUGGCAGGCCAUGCAUCUCUCUGCCUCUACGACCUCCGUCUCUGAGGACGCACAACUUGAUGUGUGUGAGCAGCGAGAAAGACUACAUAGCAUGGCACCCAUCUGCUCACACCGCGAAAGUGUCAUGGAGGAGCUUCCAAUUCGGCCCCUCUCUGCGCCCCCUCCCUCUGACUACAUCUACGCACAACCCCAUAAAAUCUGCCCCCGCACCAAAGACACCUUGCAACCCAAAGACACCUUGCAACCCAAAGACACCUGGCAACCCAAAGACACCUGGCAACCCAAGGAGACCUCUCAGCCCCAAAACACCUGGCAGCCCACAGAGCAGGACAACGAGGAGGAGAUUUAUCAGAACACAGGGAAAGCUUACCAGAAUCGCAACGAUGACUGUCCCAGCGAUCCCCAGUGGUCCAGCCAGAUGAGUAGUGCAGAGGCCGGACAAGAAGGACACUAUGAUGUUUUGCCUGUUAGAAACAGGUUGUAUAAGGUGAACCCGUCAGCAGAGGCAGAAGAGGACGUUUACGAUGUCCCUGCGUCCUACAGAAAGACUGCUGAAUGUCAUGAGAGUGUUUAUGACGUGCCAAGCUCACUCCUGAGAACCAUGUCUGCUCACACCAUAGACGAUCGGCCAGAGGAAGGAACCUACUGGAAUAUAUGAGGUGUAGUUUCAGAGCAUCGGUGGAGGCCGGCAAACUCACCAGCUUUGGAUUGGAAGACCGUCGCUGCUUCAUCUCUUUAUCUUUGUUUCAGUUUUAAAUGAAACUAAUUGCGUCUUCUACUCUCAUGGUUUAUUUUUUUGGUUUAUUUUCCCACCAACUCUACACAAUGAGAACUUUUAACGUGUGCUGCAAUAGUUUGUUUUGAUGCUGGUACGUAAAGGCAGACAGGCAGUAAAAACUGCAUCAGUUCUCUGAAAUGCACUUGCACACAGUUUCAUUGUAUCGGUUGCAGCCAAAGGAAGGAACUAAGUGGAUGAUUUGAGCUGUGGUUUCAGAACAUCAGCACAUGCAACUCCACACACUGUCAACCUUGGGAACUGUUCAUUUCUGUAUUUUAUUUGUUUUGUUUUACUAGAAGUAGCAGUAUUAGAUACUAGUACUAUUUAUAUAUAUGUAAAUAACAUCCCUUAUCUUUGUUCAGUGUUUCGUCUAAAACUAGGCAACAGAUACGACCGCAACAGAGGUUCAACUGUGGUAUUUAUUUACUCCUUCUAUACAAGACCAGAGAACCACAAACACAUAUUUAUAGGUAGAGAAAACAUGCUGUACAGAAAUGUGUACACAGAAGAACUGCAGGGUCAGUCACACUAUGUUUCACAAAAGUAAAAACAAUUCAUUUUACAUGUCAAACCUGGUUCACAGUUUAAAAGUAUACACCAUUAUACUUUACUGAUAUUGCUCUAUUACACACUUUGGACUUGAUUUAAUGGGAAUGAUCUGAGCUUAAUGCUAAAACACUUUAAAUGAAGGAAAGAAAGUAAAAGUUUACCAUGA